CUUUCCUGCUGAGCUGCAUCGUUUAGUAAGCAGCACCUCUGCACUCCAGGAGCGGAGAGGGUCCUUGUGCUUCUCUGUCCUGCCAAAGUGAAACAGAACAAUAAUUGUGCCUGGACGUUUUGACAUCAUGCGUCGCAGCCGAACAACCAUGUCCUUUCUGAGCAUGGAGAAAUCCCGAGAACAGCUGGACUUGGGGACUUGCAUUGGGGCAUUGUCUGGCGGUGCUAUCAAACGCCGGUUUUCUGGGACUCCACUGCUCCCGCCACUUGCCUCCCGCCACGCAACUAUCAGUGACCUCAGCCAUGGGCCAGAAUUGGAGCACUGCAGGGUAGUUUUCACCAUUGAGGAAUCUGCUCCUGCUGAGGUCAAAGACUCUAACCUAAUAAGAUGUGUUGGAGUGUUACAUCCCACUAUAUCCCAGCAUAUCCAAUGGCGUUGAACACUUCGAAGGCUGAUUGAUUUACUUAGUGACAAUAGUUGAACAGAGUCUCCCAGUUCAGAGGCAAUCUGUCCCCACAAGAAAGGGUAGGCGAGGAGACUAUACACCACCAGGAGGAACUUUCUGAUUAUACUCACUAUCAUGUUCUUCUAGCAGGCUUCCUGUGAAAGGGAGCAGAUGGGGUGGCUAAUAGUAGAAGCAAGACGCUAAACUAGAUGGGGCUUUUUUUCUUACCAUGUUAGAAAGAGACACAAGUCAUCCUCAGCUUCUUUUUGCAAAAUAAAGAUGAUCUUCUCCUUCUCCACCACCUCCUCCUCCCUCUAUUUAUUUAUUUGUAAAAUGUAUUGGCUGCCCAUCUUACCUCAGAGUAACUCUAGGAGGC